UUCUCUUCUGCUUUUGCUUUUACGUAGGCAUUAGCUGCGUGUCUUCAACUUUUCGCUGUUGAAAUAAAAAAUCCGGUAAAGUCUUUAAAUUUGCGUUUCAAAAUGUACUCUAACGAAGAUUACGUUGAAGGGGGAUACGAUGACUACGGUUACGAUAUGGAACCUUUAGACGAUGGAAUCUACGACCGUUCAUAUUAUCCAAUGCAUGAGGACGUCAAAAAGUUCCUGAUGUAUUUUUGCAGUGUAAUCAAAGGAGGUGUAGUGUAUGAGAUUCAGAAUUUAUACGAAAACACUUUCCCUAAGUUGAGCGAGCAACAUUUUGAGAAAAAAGCUUGGCCCAGCGAGAAAGAGGUAGCUCUACUAGUGGAGAACGAUAAUUUGUUUAUGAUCCUGUACAGAGAAUUAUAUUAUCGGCACUUGCAUGCUAGAAUUCAAGGCGGACCAUCACUGGAGCAGCGUUUAAAUUCGUUUUACAAUUAUUGUAGUUUCUUCAAUACUAUUCUCCCGUCUAUGGAACCAGUCCAAUUAGAGUUACCCGAUAUUUGGCUGUGGGAGCUUAUUGAUGAAUUUGUCUAUCAGUUCCAAAACUUUGCGCAAUAUCGUGCCAGGUUGACUGAUAAGACUGAGGAAGAGAUGGACACUUUGCUAAACAACAACAGCAAAGUUUGGAAUAUUCUCUGUAUCUUGAAUGUACUUCAUUCAUUGGUAUCGAUGUCAAAGAUUAAAGAUCAGUUGGAGGCUGCUGCAGCAGGUCGUGAUCCCGAAGAAGUUGCUGGUGAAUUCGGACGCCAUUCAUUUUACAAAAUGCUUGGGUAUUUCAGUUUAGUUGGAUUGUUACGUGUUCACUCACUGCUGGGUGAUUACCAUCAAGCUAUCAAAGUGCUUGAACCGAUUGAGAUCCAUAAGAAGAGUCAAUAUUCACAUAUUCCGGCCUGUCAAAUUUCUACUUCCUACUAUGUCGGAUUUGCUUACAUGAUGAUGCGUCGUUAUUCGGAUGCCAUUCGUACGUUCUCCUCAAUUCUGCUGUACAUUCAACGCACUAAACAACUAUAUAGUGCACGCUCUUAUCAAAACGAUCAAAUCAACAAACAAACAGACCAGAUGUACCAUUUGUUAGCUAUUUGCUUAGUAUUACAUCCGCAAUGUAUCGACGAAUCAAUUCAGCAGGUGCUUCGUGAAAAAAAUUACCACGAUAAUAUGUACAAAAUGCAAUGCGGUGAUUUAGAUACUUUCCGCAACUUUUUUGUUUUUGCUUGCCCUAAAUUUGUAUCACCUGUUCCGCCGCCACCAGAUGCGCCUAUUGAAGAUUAUGUGAAGGAAGCAUUGGAGCACCAGACCAAUGUGUUUAUGGACGAAGUUCGUCAGCAACAAGAAUUGCCUACUAUACGGUCUUAUUUGAAGUUGUACACCACUCUGCCGUUAUUGAAAUUAGCUUCUUUCAUGGAUCACAUUCCACAAGAUGAAAUUGGAGAACAGAAAAUCGAAAAUCUAUUGACCCAUUUGCUGUGCUUCAAGCAUAAGAUGAAGAAUAUUGUUUGGACCAAGGGCUCUAGCGGAUUGGAAGGCAAAUUUCAGUCAGGGUCAGAGUUGGACUUCUUUAUCGACAAAGAUAUGAUUCACAUUGCUGAUACAAAAGUUUCGCAUCGUUAUGGUGAUUUCUUCAUUAGAAAAAUUAUGAAAUUUGAAGACUUGAACCGUCGUCUUCAUAAUUUGAAAGGUUAAUUUGCUAUUCAUUGGGUAGCUGGGCAACAUAAGGCAUGUUUAACUAUAAAACUAUUGUCGUCAAUGCACUUAUAGAGGUAAACGCUACUGUAACUAACAAUAUUAAUUGAAUAAAUACUUUGGUUUCC